AGAUAUUUGUUGCACCUACAGGUAAUUGCGCAAAAAUUAAUUUGAAUAUGGACCUGGCUUCUGGAAAAUGCAUCCUGAACGAUUUGAUUGGGAAGACUAUCAAAAUUACAACCACCAAUAGGUGCUUUCAAGGAAUUUUAUUUAGUGUUCAUGCAGAUCGCACUGUCACUCUAAUAAAAGUGAAGGAUUUGAAGACUGGGGAAGCUGUGAGGGGACCAAGGCUGUUUUUUGGCCCAAAUAUUCUGAAUGUUGAACCAGUGGAAGAAUCUAAAAGUGUUGGCCAAGAGGUUGAAGGAGAAACAUCAGAAGAAAGAAGUCGCCUACUGUCUCUGAAGUUUGCCCAUAGUAAUCACCCGGAGGAGCCUUCUAACAUUUUAUGGGCAAUUAAAUGUGCAGUUGAUAAUGAAGAGGUGGUUUAUACUGUGAUAGACCAGUUCCAGGCUGCGUUUCAACCAACAAUUCUGCAUCUCAAAAGCCAGAAGGUCAUAAGUUUAGGAGCUGCUGGUCUGAACUUGGGUCGCUAUGGAAAACUUUGUUGGCUACAGGUUGCCACUAGGAAGCAUGUUUACCUCUUUGAUAUCCUCACCAUGGGACCAGGAGUCUUCAAAAACGGUCUUCAAGUGGUGCUUGAAGACAAAGGCAUCCUAAAGGUCAUCCAUGAUGGUCGUUGGCUAGUAGAUAUUUUGUCCCACCAAUAUAGUGUGAUCUUGAAUAAUGUUUUCGAUACACAGGUGGGUGACGUGUACCUGUUUUCCAUGGAGACUGGUGGCUUCCUUCCUCAUCGAACAUCUUCUGUAAAGGAAUGUUUGACUCGGUAUUUGAACAUGCCAGCUACACAAGUUAAUUUCCUGAACAUCAAACAAACCUUGAUGAAGGAAAUCCCCAAUAUCUGGUCUGACCGUCCAAUGUCUUCUACCUUGCUGAAGGUAUUGGCUCUGGAAGUAUUGCACCUCCUAGAUCUGCGCCAAGCUAUGCUGGAUGACAUGUUUGCUGACGUUACACUGUUAGUUAAUAGCUAUCUCGGUGCUCAUUGCCCCAGAAGAGCAGAUGUUUUAGAGAGGGUUGAGACCCCCUGCUCGCAGCUUCCCAAAGAACUUCAGCAGCUUCCUGUCUUACAGCAAAUGAGAAGAGAAUCGGCACUGAAAGAAUACAAUUUUAACAGCCAGGGAUUCCUUAUAAGAGCAGAGAAAAAGAAGCCAUGAUCUCUAGAUGAGCCUUACCUUAAUCAGAAUUGGUGCUAGGAGAUUUCCUUCAUUGGGGUGCACACUUUCUCCUCACGUAGUUCUCUCACGUUACAGCUCACUGGUAGAGUUUCUAGGAAUUUUGGUCCCUUUUUUUUGUUUUUCUUGUAGGUUAUUAUUUUACAUGCAUUUAUAAAAUAUAAUUUUUUACUAAAAAUGUAAGGAUUUUUCAUGAUCCCAGUGUGCUUUCUUUUUUUUGUAAUUGGAUCACCUGUCCAUGUUUUAUUCCUUUAACACAGUUCUCAAAAUAAAAUGUGAAGGGUGAUC